CAUUACCGAUUUCUGUUUGACCUUUUCAUACAUAAUUAUUUCAAAGCACCACGUAACCUCGGACAACAGUUGCAUCAUUCAGUGUUUAGUUUGAUCUGAAUUUAAUUUGGAUUCUUUAAGUUUUAGAGUUUGACUACAUAAUGGCUAAUCCAUCAGUUCUUUCGAAUGGUUUAUAUUCUGGUGGAGUAAGACAAAUCGGUCAAAUUUCCGUACGCAAAUGUCCAUUCAUUUCUGGAUUAAACCCUGUGUUUUUGAAAAACUAUGGGUCUUCAGUUCUGAAAAUGUACAUGGAUCAAUGUCCAUUCAUGCGACAAUUCUCAUCUUCACUGAAAAAUUCAGAAAAUCCAGAUAAAGUUCCAGUUAAUAAAUGUCCAUUCCUCAAGGAAGUAAAACCAACUGUGAAAGCUGCAAGUGCAGAAAUGGAGCAUGAUGUCAUAGAUUUAACUGCAAAAGAAAAUAUAGAGGGUCAAUUUCAGUAUGAAGAUUUCUUCAUUCAGCAGAUUGCAAAGAAGAAACAAAACCACUCAUAUAGGAUAUUUAAGAAAGUUAAUCGAAUGGCUGACAAUUUCCCCUGCGCUAAGGAAUACACAGAUGAAGGAAAGAAAAUUGUUGUAUGGUGCAGUAAUGAUUAUUUAGGAAUGAGCAGUCAUCCAGUGGUUCGAGAUGCAGUUAUUGAUGCAGUUGAGAAACAUGGUGCAGGUGCAGGAGGCACGCGAAAUAUUUCUGGUAAUUCUACAUAUCACGAAGAGUUGGAAAAAGAAUUAGCUGUCUUACAUCAAAAGAAAUCAGCUCUACUCUUUACUUCAUGUUACGUUGCUAAUGAUUCAACAUUGUAUACUUUAGCACGACAUUUACCUGGUUGCCAAAUAUUCUCUGAUGCUGGAAAUCAUGCUUCUAUGAUACAAGGAAUACGAAAUAGCGGUGUGCCAAAACAUAUUUUUAAGCACAAUGAUCCAAAAAGUCUCGAAGAGAAAUUGAAAUCAGUUGAUUCUUCACUUCCAAAAAUAGUAGCUUUUGAAACGGUUCAUUCUAUGACUGGGGCUGUGUGUCCUUUAAAUCAGUUGUGUGAUAUAGCACAUAAGUAUGGGGCCAUAACAUUUGUUGAUGAAGUACAUGCUGUUGGCUUAUAUGGAAGAAAUGGAGCUGGAAUUGGUGAAAGAGAUGGAAUACUGCACAAAAUGGACAUUAUAUCGGGGACUUUAGGGAAAGCUUUUGGAAAUAUUGGUGGGUACAUCGCUAGUACAGAAGCUAUUGUUGACAUGGUUCGUAGUUACGCUGCUGGGUUUAUAUUCACCACUUCUUUGCCAAUUACAGUAUUAAAGGGAGCACUGGCUUCAAUCAAGAUUCUAAAAAGCGAUGAAGGGAGAAUGUUAAGAGAGAGACAUCAGCACAAUGUUCGUUAUCUUCGAAAUGCUCUUAAAGAAAGUGGAAUACCUGUUGUUCAUUGCCCUAGCCAUAUUAUACCAGUUCAUGUUGGAGAUCCAUGGUUUUCAACAAAAGUAAGUAAUGAAUUGUUAGAAAGACAUGGUCAUUAUGUCCAAGCAAUAAACCAUCCAACAGUUCCAGUUGGUGAGGAAAAGCUGCGAAUAGCUCCAACACCAUUCCACACGGAGGAGUUAAUGGAUAAAUUUGUUCAUGACCUUGUUGAAACCUGGAAGCAUGUGGGAUUAGAAUUGAAUCAUAAUUUUUGUAGCCAGGAAUGUGAGUAUUGCAAAAAACCUCUUCAUUUUGAACAUUUAGAAUCUAGGAUCUUACCUUGCGGAGGGAUUGGAUGUUGUCCUCUAGUUGUUGACCGACAAUAAUAAUAGUGUUAUGUUUGGAAAUUAUAUAUAUUAGUAUGUAUAUGUUUGAAAAAAACUCAUACACAUAAGUAUUUAAUUUUAAAUACAUAUUUUUAAUACUAAUUACUGUUAUAAAUGUACUAUUUAAACUAAAAUGUGAAAUCAUUCCCUUAUUUUAUAUGAAAAUUGUUAAAAGUAGAAAUUUAAUAAUUUUAUCUAAAUGUUA